AUGAAGCCUCUCAGCCUACUCGCCGCAUUCGCAGCCCUGUUCGGCAACACCACCUUCUGUUCCGCCCAGUCCACAACUUCUGCUGCAGGUGCCUGUCCGACGGUCCUCACCCCCUCGUACGAAGCCCCCGUCGUCGGCUCGGGAUGGACGGCCCAGCUCAUCGUCACCGGCCUGAAGAAGCCGCGGAGCCUCACCUUCGACCAGAAUGGCGCGCUGCUCGUCGUCCAGCAGGGGUCUGGCAUCGUGCGCCUGACGCUGUCUGACAACGGCGGGACCUGCCUGGCUGUCAACGAGACCUCCACUGUGGUUGAGAACUCGGACCUGAAUCAUGCCGUCCAGCUGUCGGCCGACGGACGCACCUUGUAUGCUUCCACCUCGAACGAGGUGUAUCGUUGGCCGUACGACGCUGCUGCUGGCACUGUGGGAGACAGCGAGACGCUUGUAACCAACAUGAGCAACUCAGAUGCCGACAACACUCUGUUGGUGUCUCGAGGAAGUGCCGAGAACUUGGACUUCGGUGCCGCCCAGCUGGACUCCGGGAUCUCACAGAUCCGGGCCUUUGACAUUGGCAACCUGCCUGAUGGGAGACCUUACAACUACCCAUCCGAGGGUAGACUGAUGGGCUGGGGCCUGAGGAACAGCGUUGGAGUUGCCGAGCACCCAGUCACGGGUGGAAUCUACAGCGUCGAGAACUCGGCGGAUCAGAUCGAGAGGAGCGGCACUGAUAUCCACCAGGACAACCCCGGCGAAGAGAUGAAUUAUCACGGAUUCUUGAACGACUCUACGGAGGACCAGGGCGGCAAUUACGGGUAUCCGGACUGCUUUGCCCUCUGGGGUACCGAUAACUUCCCAGACAAAGGGAACCUGACCGUCGGGAGUCAAUUUGCGCUCAACCCCAGCGACACACUCAACGACACGACUUGCGCGCGGGAACAUGUCCCGCCCCGGUUGACGUUCCAAGCUCACACAGCCCCCCUGGACAUGGUAUUCGACAGCAACGGCACCACGGCAUAUAUCACAUUCCACGGCUCGUGGGACCGCACAGACCCCACGGGCUACGUGCUGUCGAGCGUGCAGUUCGACGGCACCACCGGGGCGCCCGCCGCCCGGGCCGAUAGUAGUGGCGCCACGGCCGACGUGCUUAGCAACGCGGACCUGUCGAAAUGCCCGGACUCGUGCUUCCGCCCCGUCGGGCUCGCAUGGGACAGCCAGGGCCGCCUCUUUAUGAGCUCGGACUCGACGGGCGAGAUCUACGUGCUGCAGCGGUCCGAGAUGUCCGCGACGGGUGGGGGCACGGAGACGGGGACGGCCACGGGAACCGGUACGCUGGUCACGCCGACGUCGAGCACCAGCCCGAACCUUGCGCCGCGGUCGGGUAGGAAUCGGCCGGGUGGUGAAGCCAUCUUCCUCACGGGCCUGGCUGUUGCGUUGUCGGUGGUCUGUGGGGUGUUCUUUACCGUGGCCUAA